AUGUCUCGGACAGAAAAAGCGUGUUGUGAUGCCAAGAACGGUUACUUAGCAUCAAAGAAUGCUACUCAAGAAUCGCUCAAUUCCACUGUGGUGCAAGUAACCCGAUCCGGAACGAAAACUGUUAUGGUUCCUAGAAGUAAACCUGUGAAAGAGAAAUGCCUUCUUGCUAUGAUCUUAGCUCUAUCAAUAUUUUGUGUGUUGUUAAUUAUUAUGCUGUUUAGUAAAAAGGAGCCACUAUGUACAGAUGUAGUAAAGCCCGUAUGUUUGACAGAAGAAUGUGUGCGAACAGCAUCGUCCCUAUUAUCAGCAAUGGACCACACGGCAGAUCCAUGCGUAGAUUUUUUUCAAUACGCCUGUGGCACUUGGAAUAAAAAACACGUUAUCCCAGAAGAUCGAAGUUCGAUCAGCACUUUUGAGGUCAUGGCUGACCAGUUACAAGUUAUUCUUAAAGGGGUACUGGAGGAACCCAUCAAUCUGGAAGACAAUGAGGCCACACGCAAGGCGAAAACUUUUUACAACACCUGUAUGGACCUCCAUAACAUUCGAAAAAUAGGAGAUGAACCCAUUCGAGAGGUCCUCAACAAUUUGGGAGGAUGGCCUGUUACGCAGCCGAAUUGGACUGCACCAGCAUUUUCCACAGAAGUGCUACUAGGACAAAUACGAGGUCAAUAUAACGAGGGAUUUCUGAUCGAACAAUGGGUAGGACCUGAUGAUAAAAACAGCUCCGUGAACAUCAUUCAGAUGGAUCAAAUGGCUUUAGCGUUACCCAGUAGGGACUACUACUUAAAGGCAAGUAGUGAAGGUGAUAUGGUCGCUUACCACAAAUACAUGACCAAUAUUGCUAUUCUUCUUGGGGCGAACAAGACCACUGCUAGUGAAGAGUUACAGCAUGUUGUAGAAUUCGAAAGAAGACUGGCAAACGCAUCAUUGCCAGAACAAGACAGGCACGAUACCAGCAUGAUCUACAAGAAGAUGACUUUAAAGGAAUUAAAAUUAUAUGUCCCGCAAAUAAAAUGGUUAGAAUACUUCAGAUCAUUUCUCGAUGUUAACAUAACAGAGGAUGAAAAUGUAGUCGCAUAUGGAUUAUCAUAUUUUAUUGAAAUGGGUAAAAUUAUUUCUGAAACAGAUAGGCGAAUAAUUCACAAUUACGUCUUAUGGCGGUUAGUGAUGUCCCUUUCAGCACAUAUGGUUGACGAUUAUCAGAGAGAAAGAGUGGAAUUCAGGAAAAUCCUACAAGGAGUCCUCAGCGACCGACACCGUUGGUCGCAAUGCGUCGAAUGGACAAAUAAAAAGAUGGGAAUGGCUGUUGGUGCAUUAUUUAUAAGAGAUAAUUUUAAUCAUGAAAGCAAGGAAACCGCUCUUCAAAUGAUUCACACUAUAAGAGAAGCAUUUAAUGAAUUAUUAGCCGAAAAUCAUUGGAUGGACGAUGAAACUAGGGCAGUAGCUAAAGAAAAAGCAGAUGCAAUCAAUGAAAGAAUCGGUUAUCCAAAGCUUAUAACCGAUAAAGUAGAACUAACUAAAGAAUAUGCCGCGUUAAAUAUCACCAAGUAUGAAUUUCUGAGAAAUUUGCUUAAUAUACUUAAGUUUGAAGCUGAGCAAAAUCUGAGAAAGCUAAGGCAAUCGGUUGACAAAAAUAAGUGGUCCACUGAACCAGCAGUUGUAAAUGCUUUCUAUAAUCCUAAUAAAAAUGAUAUAGUUUUUCCUGCUGGCAUUCUACAGCCAUUGUUUUACAGUCAACAUUUUCCAAAGUCAUUAAAUUAUGGAGGAAUAGGCGUUGUAAUUGGUCACGAAAUUACUCACGGAUUCGAUGACAAAGGCAGGCAGUUUGACAAGGACGGAAAUAUGAUGCAGUGGUGGAACAAUGCAACUAUAAAAGCAUUCAGGGAGAGAACCCAAUGUAUUAUAGACCAGUAUUCGCGUUACAAAAUUGAUGAAGUUGGACUUUACAUCAAUGGAAGAAUGACACAAGGGGAAAAUAUAGCGGAUAACGGAGGACUGAAGCAAUCUUUUAGAGCAUAUAAGAAGUGGGUUUCUCAUCACGGUCAAGAGCCAGCCCUACCUGGACUCAAUCUAACUCAUGACCAGUUAUUCUUCCUCAACUACGCACAAAUAUGGUGUGGAUCCAUGCGACCUGAAGAUGCUUUAACCAAAGUGAGAUCCAGUGUGCAUUCACCAGGACCCAUCCGAGUUUUGGGACCAUUAUCAAAUUCUUGGGAUUUCUCAGAGGCCUACAAUUGCCCUCUUGGCUCACCCAUGAAUCCCACGGAUAAAUGUAGUGUAUGGUAA